GACAGCUGUAGAGGACGAGCUGAACCUGUUGCUGGUUCCACCAAUCACAGACAGCCACAGUGACACCCGGGAGGACAUCCACCUCUGAUGAUGGACGACUAUAUGCUGCCCACCUGGAUUUACCUCGCCGUCCUGGCUGUCAUAGUUGGCAGUGUCAUGAAGAAGGUGUUGGCGUUCCACCUGAGCUCCACCCCGGCACUGCUGGCAUGGCUCAGCUUCACCGUGCUGGUAGAGCGGUUGUGGGCAUUCUGCCUGCCCACUGUCCUCUUGAUGGCACUGUUUGGUCUUAGUGUCUGGCUUUACUCCACUUUCAGGCCCGGGGCACUGCCCACUCUGCCUGCACAUGGCAAAGCUGUAUUCAUUACAGGCUGUGACUCUGGUUUUGGAAAAGCUGCUGCAAUGCGUCUGGAUGCACUUGGUUUUGAGGUGUUCGCGACGGUACUCAACCUGUCUGGUGAAGGUGCUAAAGAACUCCAGAGGACAUGCUCACCUCGCCUCACCCUCAUCCAAGUGGACAUCACCCAGCCUCAGCAGGUUCAGCAGGCCCUCCUGGUCACCAAGAACAAACUCGGCCCCAACGGUUUAUGGGGUUUGGUGAACAAUGCCGGAGUGUGCGUAAACUUUGGAGAUGCUGAGCUGUCACUUAUGUCAAACUACAGAGGCUGCAUGGAGGUCAACUUCUUCGGCACGCUCAACGUCACGCAGAGUUUCCUCCCACUCCUGCGGCAGUCCAAAGGACGCCUUGUGACCAUUUCCAGUCCAGCCGGUGACCAGCCAUUUCCUUCCCUGGCAGCAUACGGCGCCUCAAAAGCAGCACUCAACCUUUUCAUCAAUACGCUGCGCCAUGAGCUGGAGCCCUGGGGUAUCCGAGUCUCCAUCAUUCUGCCGUCCUCAUACAAAACAGGUCAAUCUAGUAACCAGGCCUACUGGGAGCAGCAGCACAAACACUUGCUUCAGACUCUGUCGCCAGCACUGCUCGAGGAGUACGGUGAGGACUAUGUGACUGAGACCAAGGAGCUCUUCUGCAGCUACACAAGCACAGCCAACCCGGAUGUCAGCCCCGUCAUUGACGUCAUCGUGCAGGCAUUGUUGUCUCCGCAACCUCUGGUGCGCUACUUUGCUGGGCCAGGCAUUGGCCUGAUGUAUUUCCUCCAUAGCUACUGCCCAGUCAUCAUCAGAGACAGGUUCAUACAGAAACUGUUCCUCAAGAAGAAGCUGAUGCCACGAGCGCUCAGGAAGCAGUCGAGCUUCGACAUCAACCUCAAGUUCUGCAACAACAAUAAUGAGGAGAAGGUGGUCCAACCUGCCAUGCACCAACAAUAGAAACAUUGUCGCAGUAGCUUCGAGGACCACUUGUGUAAUGCACCGGUAAUGCUGUAUGUUUUUGGAAAGAAACUGAAGGAGCGAAAAUGAUGCACCGAAUUUUGGGGUUUGUGACUCCAGUAAGGUCAGUCAGGGUAUCGUAGAGCUAGUAUACGUUGCUACAGGCCUCACUGCCGUUCGUGAGGUCAUUAGGGCUGCAGGAAGAGCAUAGAACACAACAAUCACAACAAUUCCACGCUCACUCCACACAGAGGGUGCCGAGUUCAAGUCCAGUCAGCUCACUUCAAGUUUCGUGUCUCAGAACACAAGCUGCCCUCAAUGUCUUCAACUUGACAAGCAACCAACACGUGACAUGACUAAAUAAAAAAACUCAACACGUUAUGGAGACUGCGAAUAAUGAUUUCAAUCAUCAAUUCAUCAGUUUUUUUUAUUAAAUGUUUUAUUGUUCAUAAUUAUUCUGUCUGUCCACUUUGAUGGCUUAGUGGUUAGCACUGUAGUCUCACAGCAAGAAGGUUGUGGGAUCGCUUCCCACCUGGGGCCUUUCUGUAUGGAGUUUGCAUGUUCUCCCCAUGUUUGCGCUGGUUCUCUCCGGGUGCUCCGGCUUCUUCCCACAUCCAAAGACAUGCAGGUUAGGUGAAUUAGAAACUUUAAAUUGACCAUAGCUGUGAAUGUGUAUGUUUGUCUGUAUGUCACCCUGUGAGAGGACUAGUGUCCUGCCCAGGGUGUACCCACCUCACAGCCUAUGACUGCUGGGAUAUGCUCCUUGGAUGCUGCUGGAAUGACUUGGUGUCAAAUGAAUGCUAACUGAAAGUCUCUCAGAUGAAGAGUUCUACUUGCAUUGUGAGGGAACUUCCGCUAUAACAUCUCUGGGCAUGAACCAAAGUGCUGACACCUCAGUGUUGAGGAUUUCAUUAACUAGAGAAGGCCAAGGACACACCCAUGUAUCACCUGGCUGCAGCAGAUGGAUGGUCAGUAUGUAGCACUUGGGAUAGACCAGUGGCCUCUGUGGGUGGUUGACAAUCAGGAACCAGAACAGUUCUGUAAAAUGGUAGAUGUGGUACCAGCACAUCCUUCCAGACCUGAACUGACCUUUGAAAAUGGGCGUUUCCAAUUUCAUACUGUAUCUGAUCACAUCAAAAGUAUCAAGGACAGUCUGAAAUUUAGCAACUGCAAAUUUAUUAUAAAUAAUACAUAAUAAUUCACUAAAAAAGUAGUUUUUAGUCAGUUUGAUGAUAUUUGCUGCCCACUACUAAUGGUAUCCAAGGAUCUUGCAAAGGAGGGGAAGGAUCCUUACAUAGACUGAUGAGAAGUAUCACUUAGGAGUGUCAGCUAUGACAUUGUGACAGUGUGAGGUCUAUAUAGUCCAGCAUGCAGGUGCCUCGGUUUUGAGGACCCCAGUAACUGGACAACGGCACAGGGCUGAGUAUCAGGUGGGUAUGGCAGAUAGGUCUAACAGGUAGUGAUGGACUGGUUGUCUGGACAGGCAGUCGCCAACCAUUAGGUGUUGAGGUGCAGCAGUAGUGUAUGUUUCUCUUCUUUUUUUGAACACUGAAAUGUAACAACCCAUGCUGAUUGUUUGAGGGCCCUCUAGUGGGGGAUAUGAAUGAGAUCAGAUUAAACUCUGCUCAAAAUAAUGACAUUUUCAGGUUGUUUUUUAAGCAACAAACCAAAGAUUUUUAUAUUUUAAAGAAAAUAUUGUCCUUAAAAGCAGACAUUUUUAUACACAGGGUUUCUGAUGAUUAUUUUUUCUUUGCAAUACUUCAACCAUAAACUAUAUAUAUAUGUAUACUUAACAUUUCACACUGAAUUCGAUGUUCAAAACAUACAGCAGUGGCGUAUGUAGUGAUUGUUGGAAUGCGUUUCUGUGUGUGUGUUUGUGUGUAUGUACUUUCAGUUUCAGUUCUGUGCAUUUUAUGUCGGAACUCUGUGGCCUCAGCCAUUCAUGCUGCCGACUAUUUUGUUUUUCAAAUAAAACUAUUUAUAUUUCCUUUUCUUCUUCAACAUGUAAACUAUGAAUUUUGUUUUAAAAAAAAUGGAAAUCCACAAAAAUGUAAUGAUCACAUAGUUCAUUGUUUAAUCAAAAUAAAGUUGACUUUUGCAUAUUG